AUGGAGCCCCCAUCAACGCCCCCUACCCCUUCCUCACCACCAUCGUACUCGCCGCCGCUGGUAUAUCCGCAACCGACAAAGCAGCUAAGCAAAGGGAGCGCCGCCGUCACAGGUACGGCACUCGAUGCGGGCGGGAGUCGGGGGGGCAGUGUCCUCGGGGAUGUCAGUGGAAGCGCCACACCGACGCACCCAGGGUCACAUGUAGUCAAUAUGGAAGACACUGAGAGAGCCUCCGAGGACGACACCGAGCCUGUCCACCCGGCCCACGCCAUCCCUUUCCACAUGCGGUCUACAUCUGUCCCUCUGUCCCGCACUUCCUCCAACGCUUCCUCUCUGGCAGAAGAGGGCGAAGCCACUCCUUUGAUUUCGUCCCAAGGUGAAGAUGGAGGGUACAAGGGAAAGUGGUACCAAGGCCCGCUGUUUGUAGCGGCAGUCAAGCUGGGAAUAUUGUUUGCGGUGUUCACGCUGGUGGUCGUCGGAACGUUCUACUUUGGGAUGCCAAAGAUGGAUCCCGAAGAUAAGGGGGCGGUGAAACUGCCCAGGUCAUUUGCGGACAUACAGGCGCUGAACGCGUUGUUCCAAAAGUACAAGCACAAGUAUCCUUUGCGGAUUUUGGCUUGUGGCGUAGUCUCCUACCUCUUCGUACAAACAUUCUCUCUACCCGGCUCCAUGUAUAUUUCCAUCCUCUUUGGCGCCGCUUACGGCAUCGUGUACGGCCUUCUACUGUCCUGCAUUUGCGAAUCAGUCGGCUCUCUAUUCUGCUAUUCCCUCUCCGCCAUUCUCGCCCCACCCCUCCUCACUUUGCCCUUCUACCGCGCCCGCGUCGAGACAUGGCGCACAAAGAUUAUGGGCGACCCAAAGUCUGGCAAGAAGGUCACUUGGGAUAGCAUUUUUGCCAUUCUCCUUGUCCUCCGUAUCGCCCCAUUCCCUCCACACUGGGUCGCCAAUUUCGUCGCGCCCCACUUGGGUAUCGGAAUGUUCCUCUUCUGGUCGAGCUGCUUUAUCGGCAUCGCCCCAGUCUCGGUCAUCCAUGUGACGAUAGGAAGUUCGUUGGAUGACAUGACUUCUGCGGCAGACUUUCAUAUUCUCUCCCUCCGAAAUAUCCUGGGUCUUUCAGCGGUCAUCGUGGCGGUGCUCAUCCCCGUCGGGCUGAAACGCAUCUUCAAGAAGGACCUCGGCGAUCUCGGGGAAGCCGAAGAGGCGUUGGCUGCCAACUCCAACAACGACCGCGAGAUCACUGUGCCCCACAUCGGUCUCGGUUCGACCUCUCCCAACAGAGGUGGCGGAUACAUGUACCAUGCCAUCGACUCUGGUGUCGUGCUUGCGGUGCCCAGCCGAGGUGACGGCGUGGAUUUGCGUAGAAAGAUUGUGAGAAGAGGGAAGGGGAGGGCGUUGGAGAUCAUCCCUGAUGACGAAUCGGAGGGGUCUGGAGAAGGCGAGGGAGAGACACUCGAGAUGGCAGCUUCACCCUUGGCUCUGAGUGACGCCCUCGCCGAUGCUCAACAAGACCCCACGCUAUACGAAGCGGACGAAGACGACGAUCUCUAUGGUCCUUCCCCCGUCGCCGGCCCAUCAUCACACCCCUCCAACGCUCCCACCCCAUCUCCAGUCGCCGCAAGCGAGUAUCAGUACAAAGUCUACGACCCCUCCAACCGCAUCGAGAGCGUGCAUUACAAACCUCGGCCAUUGUCGAGAAACUCGUCAAGCUACCGGAGUUCAAGACGGGCUGGAGCUGUAAAGCCUCAUAGGCCUAAUACGCUGCAGGGUUAUGGAUCAGUAGAGGCGCCGAGUGUGCCGAUGGAGAUCCGGGAAGAGGAGAGGGCUACGCGAGCGGGAUGGUGGCCUUGGGCGAGAACGGGGGUUGCCUGA